UCACGUGUAGGAAGCAGACGUAUCUUAAAAUCUGAUAUCACAAGCUGGGCAGUGACCAAAUCUUGUGAACACUCCAUAGUGGCCACUCCUCUUUCAUUUCACCUGCCAGUAUCUGAACUGUCAGUUCAGAUAUGCUUACUGUUGGUAGCUAAGACUGGUUACUGGCGACUGGGAUUAUGGCAACAAACUGGGGUGGUUCUAACAUUGGCACCAACUCCUUGAAACUCCUCCUCAUAGGGCCGAAACGGACAGGCAAGAGCUCCGUAGGCAACACUCUCUUGGGAAGGCUGGCGUUUGAGACAUGGGGAGGUGCUAGCACCACCGUCGCACAUGGCAUCUCCGAGGGCCGCCAGCUGACCAUUGUGGACACUUAUGGUUGGGGCCCAGAGGAGAACAGCAUCCCUAGAAGGGAGAAACUGGAGCUUUUCAGUGGUCUAUCUCUUUGUGAUCCAGGCCCCCACGUCCUGCUCCUGGUGCUGCCCUUGCUGCAGUUCACGCAGUCGGCCCGGACCGCCCUGCAGAGGCGCAUGGAGCUGCUGACAGAGGGCGUGUGGAGGCACACUAUGGUGGUGUUCACGUUGGGUGACCGGCUACAAGGGCAAACAGCUCAGGAGUGCCUGCAGGGAGGUGGUGAACACCUGGAGUGGCUACUGACCAAGUGUAGGUACAGGUACAGAGUUCUGAACAACAAGGCAACCCAGGACAGAGCGCAGGUGUCCAGCCUGCUGGACCGCAUGGAGGAUAUACUGAUGGAGAACGGAGAGUGGCACUUCUCCCUGCACAUGUACCGCCGGCUGGAGGAGGAGUGGAGUCGUCGAGAGAAGGAGAUUGUGGAGAGGAUGGAGAGAAGGGAUGAGAAGCAGACUUGCCAGAGGAGGCUGGCCAUACUAAACAGCAACGAUGGACCGCUUAAAGUUGUUAGCCAUGGCUAAUAUCUGCAAAGAACUUGAUGAUCUCAGCAUGAGGAAGAUGCACCAAUAAGACUGAGUAGAUUUCCAGCUGAGGCUGUUAUUAUGAAGACUCUCCAACAGAGAUGUUUACAUAUCACUUUAUAAAAGUCUUGAAUCUCUGGGAUGCGAGUGUGCAGCACGUCUUAAGUCUUUAGUAGCAGAAUUUUAGUUUAGCGUCAUUAUUAGCUACAUUGUACAAAAGUAAAGCACCGACUAAAAGCCUGUCAGG